AUGGAAACCAGUGGUGAGGAUGGCAGCGCCAUCAACCAUUCUGAGUUGUUCAGUCAAUUGGUUAACAAAGAUGGACAGAUGAAUGAUACUGUUGCAUCCUUCCUUUACUACAUGUUCCCCAGAGAGCUGUUUAUAAGAGCGUUAUCGCUAAUAGAGUCAUGUAACAUGUUCAUUUACGUGCUCGUGCCAUCAGGAGUUAAUGAUAAAAAUAAUCAGCCGUUGAAAUUUCUGGAGGUCUCUGAUCUGGUAAACUCCAUCUAUGACGAUUCUGAACUACAUAGGCUCAUAGUGAAACCUAGUGACGAGGAUGUACCGACAUAUGUGGAUCUAAAUAACUGGAUGUGCUCAUGUCAAGAGUACACAGAUCUCAUGCUUGAGCGAUUAAACCAGAUGGAAGCCGGGAGCUUAGCAUCCAGCUUGUUGAAAGACAUUGACGACUCUCAAAGGUUUCAAGAGGACAGAUUCGCCCAAUUGGACGCACAUAGCUUAUCGAUGCAGCGAUACGUGCAUUGUGAAAAGCUCAAUUGUCCGCACCUACUGGCAUACUCUAUUCUAUUAAGAUCCUCAACAAGGACUCUACAACAUUUCUUAGAAAAGGGACAAAUUCUACUCAUACAGAUCAAUAAUAUGGAUGAAUGGCUGAAACUACACAUAAACGUGGUCGAAUAA